AUGAGUGAGAUACAGCGAAGAGUCGCCAUCAUUGGCGCCGGUAUCGCCGGGUUAACCCAAGCUAUUGCUCUCAAAACCAAGCUUGGAUUUUGCAAUUUCACAAUAUAUGAGAAAGGGCCUGAAGUCGGUGGAGUGUGGAGGGCUAAUACAUAUCCUGGAUGCUCGUCGGAUGUCGAAAUUCAUUUCUACAGCUUAUCGUCAGACCUUUACCCAUACUGGAACCAGUCGCAUGGCCUUCAAUCAGACAUUCAAGCCUAUUGGAUCAAGCUCUCGAAGAAAUAUGAUUUAUAUCCUCACAUCGCAUUCAACACAAAAGUGUUAUCUGCCGAAUGGGAUGAUGCCAAACAACAGUAUACUAUCGUCGCAGAAGAUAUCUUUUCAGGCAAGAGAAGCUCAAGCGUGGCCCACAUCGUGAUAUCUGCCGUUGGUAUCUUGGAUACCCCAAAUAUUCCACACGAGGUCCCUGGAGUUCGGAAGUUCCAGGGGGUUUCGUUUCACUCCGCACAAUGGCCAGGCUCAAUAGAUCUGCAGAAUAAACGUAUUGCAGUGAUUGGAAAUGCUUCCUCCGGGGUACAGUUUGUGCCAUCUAUAUCUGAAGACCCGUCUAUUGAAGUAGUUAACUUCAUCCGCACACCGACCUGGCUUAACACUCGACCACGUAUUUCGUAUUCAGACACUGCGAAAUGGACAUUUGCUAACAUCCCCCUGGUGAUGCGACUACACCGAGCUUGGAUCAUGUUGGGGUACCUUGCUCCUCGCUUACCCAUGGGUGAUAAAACUCUCCAGAAACAACGUGACGCAAUGACGAAAUACAUCCUCGACAACACACCGAGUAGAUACCAUGGACAUAUGAUACCCGAUUAUCCUCCAGGUUGCAAGCGGACUGUCGCGGACAGUGGUUUCCUGAAAAGUCUCCAUCGCUCUAACGUAACACUGAAUUUCGACGGAAUCGCCGAGAUCGUCGAGGAUGGCAUCAUCACAAAAACUGGUGAAAGGUUACCAUUCGAUGUCAUUGUAUACGCGACCGGAUUCACUGGCGAGCGGUACCCGAUGCACGUUCGAGGCUUGAAUGGAGUCACCGUUCAAGGCUACUAUGAUGCGCAUGGUGGCCCUACCGCAUACAUCGGGACUACAAUUCCUGACAUACCGAACUUUUACUUGUUAGCUGGACCAAAUACUGGAGCGCGAGCAACGUCGACGUUCAUUACAGAAGCCCAAGUCGCAUACAUUCUUCAACUCAUAGAGCCAGUCCUGACCGGUUCUGCUUCAUCUUUCAUCGUCAAAGCCACACCCACAGAUACAUACAAUGCCAAGCUACAAGAACAUCUCUCUCGUUCGGUGUACGCGCACUGCAGUUCCUGGGUGCGUACGAACGGUUCAGGCAAGCUAUUCUAUCCGUUUCCUUGGCAUGGGACAGUUUUGUGGUGGUUACUUCGUAGACCGAACUGGGAUCACUAUACGGCAGUCAGCGCUGAGAAGUGGGUGUGGGCAAGACGAAGAAGGGCCGUCAAGAAUAUUCUCAAAUGCGCUGCAGUUUUGACGCUAUUGGGGUCAUAUAUCAGCGGGUCUGCUCAGCGGAUUUUGUAUGAUAUGUGCGACUACUGUGACUUGCAGCUACUUGAGUGA